AUGAGUAAUAAAUUAUCAUCGAUUUAUCAAGCAUUAGAUUCAGGAAAUAAUAAAGGUGCAUUAAAGUUAUGUAAUGCAUUAUUAUUAAAGAAAAAAGACGAAAAUACAAAUGCAGUCAAAGUUUUAAAGGCUAUUACAUUAGCCAAAUUGAAUCAAAUCGAAGAGGCCAUCAGUUGCGCCGACGAAAUGGCAUUUACAGGAAUCAACAAUGAAACUGUUUUAAGCAAUUUAAAUUAUUUUUACAAAUCAGUUCAAAAAGUUGAAAAGAUGACCAAAGUAUACGAAGCAUCUUACAAAGCCAAUCCUAAAUCAAUUCAAUUGGCCAAAGGUUGUUUCUUAGCAUAUGUCAAGGAUAGAGAUUUAAAGCAACAACAACAAAUGAUCAUCUCUCUUCAAAAGCAAUUCCCAUCUGAAGAACACUCUCUUUGGUAUCUUAUGACUAUUCUCUCAAUGAUUCAGGAUAAUCCAACACCAUUGUUACUCGGUUUAUCUCAAAAAAUGGCUGAAAAAUUGGUAUCAGAAGAAAAAAUUAAAAAUAGCGAACAAUUAUUCAUGUAUGAAACUAUUUUAGACAUUCAAAACAAAAAACAAGAACAUUUGGACCUCAUCAAAGGUAAAUUGGGUGAUCUCUAUAAUGUACCAACCGAACGUUUAAAGAUUUUAGCAUCACUUUAUCAAGAGUUAUCAAAACAUCAAGAAGCUGCCGACAGUUACAAAGAGAUUCUCGUAAAGUAUGAACCAGAUGAAUGGUCUUGUUAUAUGGGCUAUUUCGACAAUCUCUGGUUACUCAACAAUAACUCAACUCCAUCAAACUUUGGCGAAAUUCAAAACUUUAUUAAAGAGAUCCAAAAGAGCUCAUCAAUCAAGCAUAAAUUACGUGGUCCAUUCAUUGCCGAAAUUGAAUUGAUCUACAGAAAAUUAAAUUGUAGCGCCACCAUUGACAAAGAAGAGUUCAAACAAUUCAUUACAUUGCUUUUGGAUUAUUUCAAACAAUUUGGUAACAAGCCAGUCUUUUAUCACGAUGUUAAGAAAUAUUUAGAAUUUUUAGAAACAAGAGGAUCAAAAGAUGAUUCAGUUAAAUUUUUGGAAUCAAUUGAUCAACUUAUUGAAAAGAACAACGACGACACUAAUUUUAUUUCAAAACUUUCAAAUUACUACAAAGUUCAAAGAGCAUUAAAUUUACAAUCUGAUUUCACUCAUGAAAAAGCUCAAGAAAUUAUUAAAGCCAUUUUAGAAGCCUAUUCCUACAACGUCAACAAAUUCCCAUUACCAAUCGAGUCAGAACGUUACCCAGGUGAUGAUUUAGUUUUAAUGUGUUAUUUCUUCUUAAUGGACCAAAUCGAAAAAAACCCAGCCAAUAAAAUUAAAUAUUCUAUCGAUGCCGCUUCAAUUUUAGAAUUUGGCCACUCAAAGAGCACAAAGAACUUCCAAUUCAACCUCUAUUUAAUGACUUUAUAUUUUGAAAUUGGUAUCCAUACAUCUGCUCUUUCACAUUUCAAAAUUUUAAAUAUCAAAAAUAUUCAAUGGGAUACCCUUGGCUAUUUAAUUAUGGACCAAGCUGUUCGUUCCCCACUCUGCUUCUCUCAAAGUGUUAAUUAUUUCGAAAAAAUUUUCAAGUUUUAUGCUGAAAAUGAUGGCACUGCCGAUUAUGUUGCCGCCUGUUACACUAAUGGAUGCUACAGUAAAAUUUUAGAAAUCCAAAAAUUCCAAGACAAGGUUGCCAACUCUUACCAAAAGCAAGUCUAUUCAACUGAAAGACAAUUAUUUAAUUUUAUGAUGGUUAGAUUGAAGAAUGCUACCAACAACAAUAUCGCUCAACAACAACUCUUACAAAAUUGCAAAUCACAUAUUGCCAGUAUCAACAACGAUCAAUUCACUAUCACCAACGAACAAUUAUCAAAACUUUCAUUCAAUCAAGAUAGAAGUGUCUAUGAUAACUUCAAUUCAAGCACCUUUAAAACACCAGCUAAAUCAAACAACAAUAUUAUCAACUCACUCUUUUUCGAUCCAAUUUAUUCUAAAGAGUCUGAUUGUUUAUUAGUUUUAAGAUUUAGAAGACAAAUUCUAAACCUCUUAACUAUCACUACUUUAACUACAGAUUCAACUAAAUAUUCUCAACUCUUACUCGAAUUAGAAUCAACCAUCACUCAAUUAAACGACCAAUUUAGCUCAUCAUCAAAUAUUUUAAGUUUAAUUUUAAAUAUUUUCAAAUUAUUUAAUUUAUUAUCGGUUUUAUUAAAAAAUUAUGAAGAAAGUAAAUAUGAUGAAAUUAAAAAUAUUUUUAAUAAGCAAAUGGAUCAAUUAAAAGAAUUAUUUGGUGAGGCUUCAAAAGAAAUUAGAGAAGGCCAAAUUUUAGGUAAACCAAUAGGCAGUUUAGUAUCGAAUGUUUUUGAACCAUUAACAUGGUUAUCAUGGGUUAUUAUUCAUUUGAACACUUUAGUACCAUCAAAGAAGGCCAAAAAGAAGGAAGAAUACCACGUACAAAUUCGUAAUGAUUUAGAACAACUUUGUGAAACAAUAACUAGUUCAUUAGUUGAUUUAUCCCAAACUUUAAAUGAAAAAUCAUUAUCAAGUGUAUCAAUCGAUAGUAUAACUAAUGAUCAAAAAGAAUACUUUGGAUUAACCACCAACAACACUUUCCAAGAUAAAUCUGCUGUAGUUAAACAAUUAUUCGAAAGCAACACCCAAUCAACCACAGAAAUUCAACAAUAUAUUACAUGUUUAAAGACUAUUUUUAGCUUUUCCCUUAAUAAUAUUAUUAAUUGA